GGUUAACCUCAAAGAGGCAUAAAAGGGAAAGGGAAUAGGCCAAUUGGGCGUGUUCGUUAUCAUAAAGCAUCGAUCUUUCUUACACCCUUUUGCUUUUCCUCAAUUCCUAUUCCACUAUUCUUACCCUUUCUUCCUCCUCAUUUUUUAUUUUUUAUAUUUUUGCCAUCCCUUUUGUUUUUGAAAUUUUGAUUUUGCAGGUCGUUCCAAUGGGGAAAUCCUCCUCUUCACUCAAGAAGAAACGUUCUAAGAAUUCCUCCAAGGCCAAGGCAAGCAGUAGAAGAAAGAGUAGGAAAUAUAAAUCCAAGAAGGUUCGCCGCCGUGAGGUAUCUCUCUCUAGUUCUGACUAUGAUGUUUCAAAAAGUUUGGAUCCCUUGGUUUCUUCUAGUUCUGGAGAUAGCUACAGAAGAAAAAGGGAUCGAUCUCGUGGAAGAAAAGAUGUGAAAGGUCGUAAGAAAAGAGCAAGGAGAUCUUACAGCCGUGACAGCAGUGAGGAUUCUCAUUAUGCUAGGAAGAGAAAAAAGGCGAAGAGGAAAAAUGAGUAUGAUGAGGUGAGGGAGAAACCCUACAAGAAGAAAAAAAUUAGGAAAGAAGCAAGUGUUAGUUCAAUGAGCAACAGAUCGUGGAGCUGUUCAACAUGUCAGAAAGAGAGUGCUAGCAGUGACAACGCUCAAUAUGAGAGCCACAGGGGAAGAUCGGAAAAAAAAGAGAAACAUCAAAGAAGAUUGAAAGGAAGAAGUGGAAGUGAUAAGAGUAGUAGAUACAAAGCCAGAAGUUGUUCUUCAUGCAGUCCCAGUAGUGAAAGUAGUUAUGAAGGGACUGAAGAGAAACAUGUAGGUGAGAACAAUUCCAGGUGGCUUCGGUCAGUUAUUACUGUUGCAAAAGAGGCAGAAGAAUCUGAGGAAUUGUGUAGAAAUGAAGUCAAGGAGGAGAUUGUUGAUGAUCAUGAUUACCCUUGUAGAAGUAAUGACAGUAACGAUGGGGGCACAAAGAGAGAGUUGGACCAUCAUAUGCUUCUUGCAUCAGAAGAGAAUUUGAGAGUUGAUGAUGAGAUGGGAGAUAUGAAUUCUGGUCUUAACUUCACAGAUCCCGAACUUGGAGAUAGGAACCACGAUCACAGGAGUAACCUUGAAGUUUAUAGUGCUGGAACAAGUGAAGCUAUAAAGAAGGAAACAGGUGAGACUUCUGGUGCAGAUCAAAAUGGUGAUGAUGAUUUGGAGUCAAUUCUGAGACAAAGAGCAUUGGAGAACUUAAGAAAGUUUCAAGGUGAGAGGCCGUCUACUAGAAAAGCUUCUGAUCAGAAAAAUAAGAUUGUUAACCAGGUGAAACAAUCAAUUACUGAUAAACCUGAACCGGUUCAAGGUAAGUCUAUUGUCAAUGAUGUAGGUGUAGGAACAAAGUUUAAUAAGCCAACCCCUGUAGAAGAAACUAAUUUGCCUGUUGGGAGAAGAAAUUUAAUUGCUCAUCCAAGAAAUAAUGAAAGGAGUUUAAACAUAGAUAAAAAUAUAUCUGGUUCUGCUAAACAUCGUUUGUCCUGUGCACCCGACAACACUAGUGGAACAGACACUAAAUCCUCUAAUCACAGUACAAGCAAUUUAGAAUUGACCACACAAACACAAAAUUCUUGCCAUGAUUCACUUCAAACCGCUGCUUCAAAUGAACUUCCCAAUAAUGCAAAGCUCCCAGUGACCAAGGGUGAUCUAGAAAGGAAUCCAGCUAAGACCACUCAAACUGCAAUCCGGAGUGUUAAUAACAAUGGCAGAGAUGUUGAUGAGUUGCGCAAUUCUGCUACCCCUGAAUCUUGCUUUGAAGGUUCAUCACUAGAGAAUAAAUCAGGCAAAUUGCAAGAAGAAUCGAAUCAGGGCUCCCAGUUUGAGCAGAAAACAAUGAAUGUGAUGCGGGGUGGUGAAAUGGUACAGGUUAGCUACAAGGUCUAUAUCCCUAAUAAAGUCCCUGCUUUGGCUAGAAGGCAACUUAAGCGAUGAUCUUUAAUCCUUCUUCUGGGGAAUAAAAUGGCUUUCGGAUGUUGUGCUCUUGUUUGAAACAGAGAAGAGCACCAAUUCCAUGCGCAGGAAAGUGUAGAAACUUGUGAAGAGAUGGUUUGUAGAUUCAGUAUGAAACCUAAGAACUGCAUCAAUUUCUCUAUUAGCUAUAUUUUGUUUUAGGUGAUAUCAUAUGUUAUCUGAAUGUAGUCUGUUGCAAGAAUAUUAAUGAAACCAUUGUAAUAGUUUUUUGGUGGAACAUGAAGAAAUCUUCUGUCAGCUGUGAUGCUGUAGUAGGAAUUUGGCGUUGCAGUCUUGGUAUCAAUGGUAUGUGUAUAGAAACAUGUUGAAAAAUUUAUACACUGGAAUCCAAACCAAAAGAUACAACUAGUAGCGUU